UCCUGUUUUUUUUUUUUUUGUUUCCUUGCUUUAUAUUGAUUUAUUCUGCAUCGGCCGGCGUCUGCUUGUGUCUCUUCAUCCCAAAAGUCUUCUUGCUACAACUGAAUCACUCGCUACUGUUAGCUGUCACUAUCGAUCCCACUUCUACCACUUGUGCUUAUCGAUAAGCAACUCCCUAUUCCUCCACACGUGACACCAGAACUGCCAAAAAAUCCCGCCACGUCAUAACCAGACCGAGGAAAGACCAAUCAAGUCAUAGCGUCCUUGGAGAUUGGAUCAGGUCAUUGAAACCAACCGAACCGACAUUUCUCUCUCCGCUCCUUUCCAGAGUUUUAUGCCCAUCAUCUUUGGGAUUUCCCGUCAUUAAAUUCAAUCAUUUGAGAACUGGAACCGACUUUUGUCGACAUCAUGUCCGACUCCACGCUCUACCUAUAUACCUCCCUGACGGCGGGGUCCUCUCACAUCAUCACCGCUACCUCCCGCUUGGAGACGAUUCUCAAGGCCAACAAGCUGCCCUUCCGGGCCCUGGAUGUCGCCACCGAUGACGCCGCCCGAAAGCUCUGGGGCCGCCGCUCCAAGGGCAAGAAAUUGCCAGGGCUUGUCAAAUUCGGAAAUGUAGUCGGGGAUCUCGAAGAAAUUGAAGAAUGGAACGAAUACGGUGAGCUGAGGAUGCAGAUUGAAAGCGUCGAAGACUUCGGAGAUUCUCUCCCUGCAACAAGCUACCCCACAACCUCCGCAGCUACAACAUCCACCUCCGCCGCGGCGCCGGCUUCCGCCCCUAAACAGAGCACGAUCAAGAUCCAGAACCCGCCCUCCAAGGAGGAGCACAAGGAGGCUUCGAUCCCGCCCGCGUUGCGCCAGGCUGGUGAAGAGGCUGCCGCCAAGGCUAAGCAAUUGUCGUCGUCGCCCGCUCCCGCUGCCCCUACCCCUGCCGCAGCCGUAGUAGACGAGAAGAGCGAGGUGUCUGCCUCCAAGGUCGAGCAGUCGUCGUCGUCGCCCGCUCCAGCUGCCCCCGCUGACCCCACCCCCGCCGCCGCCCCUGCAGCAGCAAAGAUACCAGAGGACGGCAAGAAAACCGAGGAGGAGCCCAACCGUACGGCGCAGGCCGCUCCAACCGACGCGCAGACCGCCACAGAAAGCGAACAAGGCGCGGCCGCGUCCACCACUGUACGUCGAGAAAAGAGUUCAGUGGCGCCGCCUGAGAUUAACAGCUCGUCCAGUCCUAAGGGGGGGCCCGAAUCAACACCAGCAGAAGUAGGAGAAGCAGUAGGGGAGGAAGAAGCAGUAGGAGGAGAAGGAAAAGGAGGAAUGGGCGUUUCCCGACCCCAGCGACCACGCCUAGUACCAGAGAUCGCAGCGGAGUCAUCAGCAAACUUCCACGCCGACAGUGCCCAAGCCCUCGGGUUAGUCCAACACCACCGAGGAUCCAUCGUAUCAGCCACGUCGCCCGAGGAGAAAAAGAAGGUCGCCCAGGACCUGCGCACGUCUGUCUCUGGCGGCCAGGCAGAAGAUGUUAUGGCGGCGAGGGUCCAAGAAGCGAGGAUUUGAACCUGGAUUUGAGUUGUCGGUGUUGAACGCCUUGUACCAAAAUGGCUUUGUUUUACAGCUUGCUGGUUGUGUGAUCGCUUUUAAUUUUAUCCUUGUAUAUAGAUACCUGUCUUUUUUUUUUACCUUUCUCCCCGUUGUUUCUGCCUUAUGGCUUUCUGUUUCGGUUUACUUCUCACACAUAUUUGCCCCUUUGGAUUUCUUUCCUUUCCUUUUCAGUCUACACGCUGGUGGUCCUUCAAAUUGGUAGGGCAAUAUUCUAGUUCUGCACGGAUGACAUAUGUCUUGUCUUGUUAUUUCAGCCUGAAUCAUUGAUUUUGUUAUUAUCAUUAUCCAACUGCCAUAUGACUAGCUCUGUUAGCAGUAGAUAUUAUAGUAAGUGUAG